CCUCUCACUCUCUACAGUAUGUGAUCACUGGUCUGCUGCAUUACUCUACAAUGCAAUUUCUCUGUAGUCCUCCACUCCCUCCCUCUCUCCGCCGCUCUAGCUCUCUGUAAGCAGUAAUCUGUAGUCACUCUCGCUGUCUCACAGCUUUCUGCCCUGCCACAGCGCAUCUCUCUCUCCCCUCAGCUCCACUUUCUCUCCAGUGAGGAUGACAUCCCCGAAUUUGAUGAACCAGCGAAGCUCUCAUUCUGGCUGGUGGCUUCCGAGGGAGACCCCACAUGAACGGGCUUACUGGACGAGGAGGUGCCGCGUCUGAGGAGCUUGGUAGAAGAUCUGUAAGCUGUAGCAGUCUCUGAAUUAGGGACUACAUCCACCAACUCUCUAGAUAAGACCAUCUCCUUUGGAAAAACGUCAUUACUUUAAAAACACAAAACAGCCAGAAUUUCCGGACACAUGUCACAGGUAUUACUCUUCACAUGGUUGAGCAGGAGAUCUCUCUCGUCCAGAGGAAGAUGUCUGACCUCGAGUCAGUGCUGCAGCAGAAGGAUAUAGAGUUGAAGGCCUCAGAGACCCAGAGGACCAUCCUGGAGCAGGACCUGGCAACCUACAUCACAGAAUGCAGUAGUCUAAAGCGCAGUUUGGAGCAGGCUCGUAUGGAAGUGUCACAGGAGGAUGAUAAAGCACUGCAGCUCCUCCAUGACAUCAGGGAACAAAGCAACAAACUUCAAGAGAUCAAAGAGCAGGAAUAUCAUGCCCAGCUGGAAGAGAUGCGAGUUUCCAUCAGACAACUGGAGGAGGACCUGUCUGCUGCCCGUCGGCGUAGCGACCUGUACGAGGCUGAGCUGAAAGAGUCGAGGCAGAGCAGUGAGGAACUGAAGAGGAAGGCUGCAGACUACCAGCAUAGGAUGCAGAAGGUCUACACUGCUAAAGAGCAAGGCAAAGCAGAAGCAGAGGACAUGGUCACCAAGCUGGAGAAGACCAAUGCUGAGCAGCAGACAAAGAUCCAUGAUCUUCAAGAGAAGCUUGCCAAGUCGUUAAAGGCCAGUGCUGAGGCUACAGACCUCCUUCAGAGUAUGAGAAUGGCCAAAGACCGUAUGGAGCGAGAUCUAGAGAGGCUACAGAACAAGGAAGACUCCAGCGACAGCCUGCGCAGACGCCUCCGUGAGACUGAGGAUGGUAGGAAGACUCUUGAGAACCAGGUGAAAAGGCUGGAGAUCGUUGAGCGGCGGGAGACUAAACUGAAGGAUGAGAUCCAGAGCAAGGCCCAGCAGAUUCAGCAGAUGGCAGAUAAGAUUCUGGAGCUGGAAGAGAAUCUGCGAGAGACUCAAGCCACAGCCCAGCGGUUGGAGACUCAUCUGAAGCAGAAGGAGAAGCUCUAUGAAGAUAAGAUAAAGUUAUGUGGGCUGCCUGGCAUUGAGCAGGUGUUGGAGGCCCAGAUGAAGGCGGACAUGGCUGAUAAGGAGAUGCUGGAGUCCAGUCAGAGCAAAUAUGAGGAGGAGGUGCGGGAAAAGUGCAGCAUCAUCAGUGAACAGAAGGCGACCAUAAAUGCUAUGGACUCUAAGAUGAACAACCUGGAGCAGAGAAUUGCUGAGCUGUCUGAGGCCAACAAGCUGGCAGCCAACAGCAGCAUCUACACCCAGAAAAACAUGAAAGCCCAGGAGGAGAUGAUCUCCGAGCUUCGCCAGCAGAAGUUCUACUUGGAGUCUCAGGCCGGGAAGUUGGAGGCCCAGAACGCCAAACUGGAAGAGCAUCUAGAGAAAAUGAGUCAGCAGGAGCAAAGCAAUAAGAGCCGAGUGCUGGAGCUGGAGACUAGGCUCAGAGAGAUUGGGCUGGAGCAUGAGGAACAGAAGCUGGAGAUUAAGCGUCAGGUGACGGAGCUGACCCUGUCGCUGCAAGAGCGUGAAUCCCAGAUCAGCAACCUGCAGGCGGCUCGCCACGCUCUGGAGAGCCAGCUGCAGCAGGCCAAGACCGAGCUGGAGGAGACCACUGCAGAAGCUGAGGAGGAGAUCACUGUGCUCAGAGCACACAGAGAUGAGAUACAACGCAAGUUCGAUGCCUUGAGAGACAGCUGUGCGGUGAUCACAGAUCUGGAGGAACAGCUGACCACACUGACCCAGGAGAACGCUGAGCUGAACCGUCAGAACUUCUACUUGUCCAAGCAGCUGGAUGAGGCCUCUGAUGAGCGAGAGGACCGGCUGCAGCUCAGCCAGGAUGUGGACAGGCUGCGUCGGGAGGUGGCCGACCGCGAGAUGCACCUUAACAACCAGAAACAGAACCUUGAGACGCUGAAGACCACAUGCACCAUGCUGGAGGAGCAGGUGAUGGAACUGGAGACCCUGAACGACGAGCUGAUGGAGAAGGAGAGACAGUGGGACGCCUGGAGGACAACGCUGGAGGAAGAGAAGAACCAGGCGGAGAGAAGGACCAGGGAGAUCCAGAGACUGCUGGACACAGAGAAACAGAACAGGCUCCGUGCAGAGCAGCGCAGCUCUGAGUCUCGCCAGGCGGUGGAACAGGCAGUUAAGGAGCACAAAGCUGAGAUCCUGGCUCUGCAGCAGGCUCUCAAAGACCAGAAACUCAAAGCUGAAAGCCUUGCAGACACUUUGAAUGAUCUGGAGAAGAAGCACGCCAUGCUGGAGAUGAACGCCCGCAGUUUGCAGCAAAAGCUGGAGAGUGAGAGGGAUCUGAAGCAGAGGCUUCUGGAUGAGCAAGAGAAGCUGCAGCAGCAGAUGGAUGCCCAGAAGACCCACAUCUUCCGUCUGACCCAGGGGCUGCAGGACGCUCUGGACCAGACUGACCUGCUCAAAACUGAGAGGACAGACCUAGAAUACCAGCUGGAGAAUAUCCAGCUCCACCUGCAGGCUGUGUACUCCCAUGAGAAGGUGAAAAUGGAGGGGACCAUCACCCAGCAGACCAAGCUCAUAGACUUCCUCCAGGCCCAGGCCCAUGGUGGCUCCAAGAAGAAAAAGGGUCUGUUUGGACGUCGUCGGGAGGAUCUGUUGGCUGCCAUGGCUGCUCAGGCCCAGGCUCAGGGGCAAAGUCAAGGCCAGGUUUCACCUGUGCCCCCCAUCCAGCCGGUUCCUCUGCAGUACAGUGACAUGAAGGCGGCUCUGGACAAAGAACGUGCUCGCUGCUCUGAGCUGGAAGACGCUCUGCAGAAAAUGAGAGCAGAGCUGCGAUCUCUGAGAGAGGAAGCGCUCCAGUAUAAAGAUCAUGGCAACUCUGCAAACCCUGCCACAGCGCGGCAGCAGAUGAUCAUGUCUGCCAUGGUAAAGUCUCCUGAGCACCAGCAGGGCCCGGGCAGCCUGGCACCCUCCAACUCUGGACGCAGGAAGGAGACUGCACCCACACCUGAGGAGAGAAGGAGGGUCACUUUUGAAAAGUAUAGCCGUCGUUUGAAGGACAGUCAGAGAGACAGAGAGAGGGAGAGAGAGAGAGUGGUGCACCACAACACCCCUCACCGCUUCACAGUCGGGCUCAACAUGAGAGCUGCCAAGUGCACGGUGUGCCUGGAUACCGUGCACUUUGGUCGCCAAGCUGCUACCUGUCUCGAGUGUCAUGCUUUGUGCCACCCGAAAUGCUCCCCCUGCCUUCCAGCCACAUGUGGCAUGUCCAGCGACUGCUCACUGCAUCUGUCUGAGGGCCUGUGUCGGGACAAAGGCAGCUCUCCAGGCCAGCAGCUCAAAGAAGCUGGUGGACACAUGCACCUGGAGGGCUGGAUGAAACAGCCCAGGAAUGGGAAGCGAGGCCAAGGCUGGGAGAGGAAGUAUAUGGUCCUGGACGGGACUAAAGUGUCCAUCUACGAGAUAGAGCCCAGAGAAGACUCAGUGAAGCCUCUGGAGGAGUUUGACCUGUGUCUGUCAGAUGGAGAGGUGGUGGUUCACGGAGCUGUAGGGGCAUCUGAGCUGCCAAACACCGCCAAGUCAGAUGUUCCCUACGUCCUGAAGCUGGAGUCCCGUUGUCACACCCCCUGCUGGCCUGGACAGUCUAUUUUCUUCAUGGCUCCCAGUUUCCCAGACAAACAGCGCUGGGUGGCUGUGAUGGAGUCUGUGGUGGCCGGGGGGCGAGCCUCACGGGAGAAGGCCGAGGCCGACGCAAAGCUGCUAGGAAACUCUCUACUAAAGCUGGAGGGAGACGAUAGGCUGGAUAUUAACUGUACCCUCCCCCUCACAGAUCAGAUCGUUCUGGUGGGCUCUGAAGAGGGUCUGUAUGCCCUGAAUGUUAUCAAGAACUCCCUGACUCACAUCCCGGGUCUAGGAUCCGUCUUUCAGAUCCACAUCAUCAAAGAGCAGGAGAAACUGCUGAUGAUUGUUGGGGACGAGAGGGCGCUGUGCCUGGUGGAGAUAAAGAGAGUGAAGCAGUCUCUGGCCCAGUCCCACCUGCCCAGCCAGUCUGAACUGGCUCCCUACAUCUUUGAGACGGUGAAGGGCUGCCAUCUGUUUGCCGCUGGGAGGAUAGACAACGGGCCCUGUAUAUGUGCUGCAAUGCCCAACAAGAUAACCAUUCUGCGCUACAACGACAAUCUCAACAAAUACUGUAUUCGUAAGGAAAUUGAAACUCUGGAGCCCUGCAGCUGCAUCCAUCUGACCAGCUACAGCAUCAUAAUUGGCACCAACAAGUUCUACGAGAUUGAAAUGAAGCAGUUUGUGCUUGAGGAGUUCUUGGAUAAGAACGACGUGUCACUGGCCUCGGCUGUGUUCGCGGCCUCGUCCCACAGUUUCCCCAUCGCCAUCAUGCAGGUGGCCAGCAGCAUGCAGAAGGAGGAAUACCUGCUGUGUUUUCAUGAGUUUGGAGUGUUUGUGGACACGUACGGACGAAGAAGCCGCACCGAGGAAAUUAAGUGGAGUCGUCUGCCUUUGACCUUUGCCUACAGAGAGCCUUACCUGUUUGUCACCUACUUCAACUCCCUGGACGUCAUCGAGGUUCAGGGACACGCUGCUCUGGGUCCUACAGUGCUGGCCCACCUAGACAUCCCCAACCCUCGCUACCUGGGCCCAGCCAUCUCCUCCGGGGCCAUUUACCUGGCCUCUUCCUACCAGAACAAGCUGCGGGUCAUCUGCUGUAAGGGAAGUCUGAUCAGAGAGUCUGGAGAACUGCAGCGGACCGGCUCCAGCCGAGGUAGUCCCAGUAAGCGAGGGCCGCCCACCUACACGGAGCACAUCACCAAGCGUUUGUCCUCGGGCCCCGGCAGCCACGACGGCCUGCAUCGAGAGCCUAGCACCCCACACCGUUACAGGGAGGGCCGCACCGAAUUCAGACGGGACAAGUCUCCCGCCCGACCGCUGGACAGGGAGAAGUCGCCCGGCAGGGUGCUGGACAGUCGCAGGGAGAGGUCCCCUGGGAGAUUCGGGGACAGCACCCGACUCCACGCUGGGUCUGUCCGAACACAGCUCGCCCCUGUUAACAAGGUGUGGGACCAGUCAUCGGUGUGAACCCAGUUCCUCACUGCUCCUGACUGGAGGUUUGAAGAGAAACCAUGGGAAACCCUUGAUCCACGUGCAAGCACACACACAUGCACACAAACACACACCUGUCACUCAGACUGUCAGCUUCAUUGCCUGUACAUAGUGCAGUCUCAGCUCCUCGUCAACACAUAAACCUGCACUGGGAGACGUCUCCUGCGACAAUCCUGUUUUCUGACACGUGCUUUCAUGGGAGAAAUCCCGCAGUAGAUUUGGUGGCAGGGAACCUCCGCUGGUCUACAGAUCAAGAGAAUCUACUUUAUAAUAUAUACUCAAAGUUGUAAAUAUUGCUGUCUGAGUUUUUAUAGAUAAAAGGAAUAGUCGGCUGGUAAAGCCAUGUCUAUUUUUUUUAAAAAUGAGUUUCUAAAGAUGUUGCAGGGAGAUUAAUGAUGUCGUUGGUUAAGAAAUAUUAUAUCAAGAUUUCAUUAGAGUCUGAAAUAUCACAUUAGGUUUCUUCUCUGUUGAGAGAAUCAAACUGACAUUUAAUAUUCACAUAAAUCAUGGAGAGAAGCUCUGAGGAAGCAACACUUUGCACAUGAGAUUGGAUUUGAACAGGAGUUAAAAACUCAUCCUUGUUACAUGACCAGUCUUCUUUCUUUGGAUCAAAUGUAUGGUCCUCUUGACUAAAUAGCCUUUGAUAUAUAAUUGCAUAUGAUUGCUUUAUUGACAGUCGUCGUCCGGCCAUACUUUGUAAAACAAUUAUUAAGCAAUGUUUUGCUCCAAGUGUUCCUUGUGUUGUUUUUAGCAAACCUAAGAUGAAGAAACACGCAGCUCUGCCUCUGAAGCCGGACGUCGUGCAGUCAGGCCGGCUGACGCCACCUCAGCUUGCUCCUACUCCGCCGCUGCUGCUGCUGUUGAUUAUGGUACAGAUGUCCUGUUUCUGUGCAGUGAUAUGAAGUCUAGUAAUCGUCAGGGGUCGUCACUUUCUAGUAUCGUUUCUUUAGAGCCAGUAAGACCACCUCCAUUCGUCACAUCAGUGAGCAUGACUAACUUAGAGCAGCACUUGUCGCUUUUCGAUCUUGAUUCUUUCUCUUAGUUGUUCUUUUCUGUCAUGUAUCCACUCGAAUUUGCAUUCAAUAAGUAGACAUUGAUGUUAGACAGUAUUGACGGUAUGAUUUUUAGAGAUGUAUAUCAGUACAUGCAUUAAACAUGAUUGAAGUGUU